CCCGCCCACACGCAUGAAGCAGCAAACAUGGCAGCUCCCACCGACAUCAGUCUGCAAAUCUCAGCGUCUAUCGCUGAUAUUUUGAAUGAAAACCACCAACCUCAACACCUGCAGGCUCUGAAAACGUUCACAGCUGAGUUGCGGGACAAAGAAUUCAGAGAUGCCGUGGAGGAGGAGGUGUUCUCCAGCCUCCUGAAGAUCCUGACCAGGCUGUGUGAAGAGCUGCAGGCUGCCAACGGUGACGGUGAAGAUCUGCAGUCGUUUACGUUGCAGCUGCAGCUGACUGCCGAGUGUUUCAGGGCCCAAAGGAACUCCUGCAUCCAGAGUACUCGCAACCAAACUCUGCUCAGGGAACUUGGUUUCAUUGAUGUAUCUCUUAAACUGCUGCGCUUACUUCGGCCCUUAAAUGUGGAGAGCACGGAUGCCAUAUUUGAACCUCUUCGUUGUGGGAUCCAAUUCCUUGGUAAUUUAGCAGUCGGAAACCAAAUGUGCAAAGAUGACAUUUGGCAGCUAAGCUUCCCAGAUCUUCUCCUGCAGCUGCUCAGUGUUGAAGAUGAGAAGACGGUGAACUACACCUCCAUGGUGCUCCACACAUGUCUGGAUGAAACCAAGGUGGAGGAUUUGUCGAAUCCGCAGAACAUCCAGCUGGCGCUCAGGGUGAUGGAGCUCUGCAAUACGCAGCCCGACCUGGACUGGACGGUACUCAUUGCAACCCAGCAUUUCCUCAGGUCUUCAGCUCUCGUGGAGAGCAUGUACUCUGGGAUGUCUCACCAUGAAAGAGUUACUCUGUUGGAGCUGCUCUUUGCCCAGCUCAGAGAGGAGGAAUCAGAGGAGUGUGGCGUUCCUCCCAGCGUGGCUCGUUUCCUGGCCACUUCCUUCCAGCAGGGUUGUGGAGCUGUUCUUACACUCGCUACUGGCUCUGCUUCCAGUGACGAGCAGGUCCUGCAGGAGGCGCUGACAGUGAUCAGUCUGCUGGACGUUCUGUGUGAGAUGACCUCAGACAAUAAGCAGUUCAUGUUUCUGCAGGACCAUCCUGACCUUGUGGUGACCACUGUUGAGCUCCUGGAGCAGGUUCAUGCCAUCGGGAAGGCCAGUAAAAACAUCUUCAGCGCUGCUCAGAGCUUCUCCUCCUUCGGGCCUGAUGCAGACUCAUCCUCUCAUUCUCCUGUCAUCAGCUUCAAGGCUCAUCUCAUCAGGCUCAUAGGAAACCUCUGCCACGGCAACACCAACAACCAGGACAAGGUGAGAGAACUGGAAGGAAUCCCCCUCAUCCUGGACAACUGCAACAUCGACAGCAACAAUCCUUUUAUCAGCCAGUGGGCCAUCUUUGCCAUCAGGAACCUGCUAGAACGCAACACGCAGAACCAGGAGCUGGUCGCCACCUUGGAACGCCGCGGCACCGCCGACUACUCUGCGCUCAGGGAGCUGGGUUUCCUGGUGGAGGAGCGAGAUGGAAGUUUGCUGCUCAAACCUGUCAGGAAAGACUCCUAAAAACUCUGGAGGAGCAGCGAGGAGAAAGAAGCUUCUCAGCCCACGAAAAACAGGUUCUCACGCAAAGCAAAUGUUAAGAAGGGAAAUAAGUACAUGUGCACAUGUAUACUAUAGUGUGAACAUGUAGGCUUUUUGUGUUGCAAGCCUCAUUAAUCAGCUUCUUCUACGGGUUUUAACCUGUACAUCAUCAAACAUGUAACAUCCGUGCCUGUCCAGAAUAACUGACAGCCACACUGCCGAUAGAGCAAGCAAAAAAAAGCACUUUUGAAUUUGAUAUUCCUACCAGAGAAGUAUAUAUAGCUUACUUUUCUACCUCAGUAAUGCUAACACUCAAGGUAUUCUUGGUACACAAAAGGCCCAUGAGGUCCUUGCUGGUAUAGAAGCAGAGGUCAGGAUGUCAGCAGCUCCUGCUUUGUCUUGGCCUGAGUCUGGGAAAUGAAGAGUUUGUGAGAGGUGAGCACAUGCUGGUACCUUUUGGCAACGCCGAUGCUUUGUGGUUUAAUCCAAAGACAAAGAGCACCGCAGUGUUCGGGCUUUUCGCUUUUCAGAGACAGUGAUGUUACCAGCAGGGGUUGGAGUUUAAUCCCAAGCCCAUAGUGGCUUCUGCAGUAACCAUGAAACAGAGAAUGACCAAAACAUGAUGUAAUCUACCCCCUCCCCGCCUCACCUAAUUAAACGGUGGCAUCUUGGGAAACCACGUUAUUCAAACGCUUUAAAUAGUUGCUCAUCUAAACAGAUGUAUAUUUAUUAAUACUAAGGACAUCGCAGUGCAAAACGCAAUAAUACAAAAAAUAUCCGACUAUGCAUGUUUUAUAAUCCAAGAACAAGGCUCAGCGUACACCACGAGCUUGUUUCUCUGCUUGCUUUUGCAAUAACAGCAAUGAGUCUUGUGAAUUUCAUGUCUUUCUUCUUCUACUUCCAACCUGUUGAUAAACAAGAGGGCUUAUCGCAUGCAGCAAAAAAUAAGAAACCAUCCUAAUAUUAGUAACAUCGAGUCCAUGUAAGCUAUAUUUGACUUUCUUAGAUAUUUAAUAAAUACUGUAUUUCCGUUUUAGCCGUAGCCGUGUGUUUGUGCGCUUCUUCUUUUCGGUAAACAGUGGAUGAGAGUACACUAAAAGUGUGCAUCUGCAGAGCGAGUGAAUAAAUGAACGAGUGAGUGAGUGAGUGAGGGAAUCAGACCAGAAGCAUUAGUCUGCAGAAUGACAUCCCUCCGUGCUCCUCCCGCUGCUGGAUAAGCUGAACGGUCCUGACAAGCCAACAAUGCAGCGCUUUACGGGCCGGCCCACACCCUGCUCCACCCUGUUUGCUCUGCCUCUGAUUUUUAAUGACAAAAUGUAUUGAAACAAUUGGCUGGACUCUCCGCUCAAUCCGCCAGCAUAGUGAAGGGAGCUUAUGCGGUUCCGGUCCCCAGGAUUUCAGACAGCUAACAAAACAGCUGUUACUCGCGCUCGACUGGCUGGCUGCAAUGCUUUUCAGCCCCACAGGAAAGAGGCUGUGCAAGUCAGCCGGGCUGAAUGAGGUGGCAUGGCCGCGGCCGGGCGUUCACCUCCUCGCACAUUAGCACCACAUCAGUCCAGACCAAAAUUUCUUGUUUCCCAUAUCAGCAUUUUACAACGCAGGCAUCUACUGUAGUGCGGGACCUUCAGAAACCACCUUGUUUCAGUUUAAGCUACAUGUUUGGUUCAGAUGAUGAGUUCCCAAUAAAGUAUUGUGUGUGUGUGACAGCC